AUGUCGUUGGCCGCGCGCGCUUCUGCCCUCGAGGAAAUCGAGCCCUGGCGCAGUCGCUCGCCCACCCCGACGGGCAGCCAGCGCAAAAAACUCAGCUUUAAUCCCGUCGACGAGGGCGUGUGGGGGCCGGCAGCGCAUGAGGAGCUAGCGCCCGCGUUCGAGGUGUCGAAGACGAAGCGUAUUUUGCAGGUCGUCGCUGCCGUGAUAUACUGCCUGCUCGCGGCAGGCAUCGUCUUCGGUUACGCGGCGCUCAAGCCCGUGCUCAUCCGCGAGGGUGUAUACAGGGAUAGGUGCACGCAGGAUGAGCUUGACAAGGACGUGCGAGUGUGCUAUGAGCAAGAGCUGCGGCUCAACUUGAUGUUCACCGUCGCUGCGGUGUGUACCAACGUCUGCGCCCUCCCGGUUGGUACAAUCCUCGACCGGUACGGUCCACGUGUGAGCGGCAUGAUUGGUGUUGUGCUACUGAGCAUCGGCGCCCUCUUCAUGGCCUUUGCGGGCAACUUUUCGUUCGACGGAUAUACCCCCGGAUACCUUUUCCUUGCGCUGGGCGGGCCGUUCGUGUUCAUAUCCUCCUUCCAGCUCAGCAACACCUUCCCCAAGUACUCGGGCCUCAUCCUAGCGCUCCUGACCGGCGCAUUCGACACAUCCUCAGCCCUGUUCCUGAUCUAUAGAAUGAUUUACCAAUCCAGCGACACCAGCUUCACGCCCAAGCAAUUCUUCCUGCUCUACCUCGUCGUCCCCGCCUACAUCCUAGUCGCGCAGCUCUUCCUCAUGCCGCCAAAGUCGUACCAGACGGUUGGCGAGCUAGUGGGCGAAGUAGCCGACAGCACGACGGACGUGCACGACUCGGACGAAGACAUUGAGGACGCGGACGUGUUGCUGGGCAGCAAGGACGCGUCGAAGCAGAGCGCAGCCGAGGAGCGCAAGCGGCAGCAGUCGGGCGUGUGGGGCGCGCUGCACGGCAAGACGGCGGCGCAGCAGAUCCGCUCGCCCUGGUUCGUCCUCAUCACGCUGUUUACCAUAGUGCAGAUGACGCGCAUCAACUUUUUUGUCGCGACGAUUAGGCCGCAGUACGAGUACUUGCUGGGAAGCUAUCCGAAGGCGGUGCAGAUUAACUCGUUUUUUGACGUUGCGCUGCCGUUGGGGGGCGUCGUGAGUGUGCCGUUUAUCGGGUGGGUGCUCGACCAUACGAGCACGCCGUUUGUGCUGGGCUUGUUGGUCGCGAUCGCGACGCUCAUUGGCAUUCUGGGCGUCAUUCCGCAGAUGUGGGCUGCGUAUGCGAAUAUCUGUCUCUUCGUCGUGUACCGCCCCCUGUACUACACCACUGUCUCCGACUACGCAGCCAAAGUCUUCGGCUUCGCGACCUUCGGCAAAGUGUACGGUUUGAUAAUCUGCCUAGCGGGGUUGUUCAACUUCGGGCAAGCCGGCCUCGACGCCCUCACGCACCGCGUCUUCGACAACAACCCCGUCCCCGUGAACCUGAUCCUGCUGGGCCUGGCGCUGGUGAUAGGCGGCGCGCUAGUCGCGUUCACGGCCUGGAAGAGCCGGACGAUCCACCGCGAGCGGGUCGAGGAGGAGGCCGAGGGCGCGCGCGAAUUGCUCAUGCCUGGCGUUGAUGGCGUGGAUGCUGAGGGCGUGGAUUGGGAGGAACGGGGAAGGGGGAGGACGGCCAAUGGGUAUGGUGCUGCUAAUGGGUAUUAG